CUCUGGAGGGCUGUGCGAAGUCGCCCAGGACGGCUGCCUCUCCAGCUAUGCAUCUCCCUGCGAUCCUGGUUUGUGCUCUCUGGACCGCGGUGUGCGCUGAGAACGCCGAUGAUUACGAACUGAUGUACGUGAACUUGGACAACGAAAUAGACAACGGAAUCCAGUCCACGGAAGACCCCCCUCCGUGCGACUGCCGUCGGGAGCCCUCGGCGUGGGACAAGCUGUUCAUCAUGCUGGAGAACUCGCAGAUGCGGGAGGGCAUGCUGCUGCAGGCCGUGGACCAAGUCCUGCGCGGUUGUGAAACCGCGAUUUUAUUCCCCAUGCGGUCCAAGAAGAUUUUUGGAAGCGUGCAUCCAGUGACACCCGUGAAGCUCGAGUCUUUCAGCUCGUGCCUGUGGGUCAAAGCCACCGAUGUUUUAAACAAAACCAUCCUGUUUUCCUAUGGCACAAAGUGGAACCCAUAUGAGAUCCAGCUGUACCUUGGCCGCCAGUCCGUGGUGCUCGUAGUGGGUGGAGAGCAGAACAAACUGGUUGCUGAUACCGUGAUUUCCCUGGGAAGGUGGACCCACCUGUGCGGCACCUGGAAUUCAGCGAUAGGGCGCGCAUCCUUGUGGGUCAACGGAGAACUGGCAGCUACCACUGUGAAGAUGGCCCAAGGGCAUGUUGUUCCUGAGGGGGGAAUCCUGCAGAUAGGCCAAGAGAAGAAUGGCUGCUGUGUGGGCGGUGGCUUUGAUGAAACUUUAGCCUUUGCUGGAAGACUCACUGGCUUCAAUGUCUGGGAUCGCGUUCUCAGCCACGACGAGAUCAGAGAGGCUGGAGGAGCGGAGGCUUGUCACAUCAGGGGAAAUGUCGUUGGGUGGGGUGUCACAGAGAUCCAGCCACACGGAGGAGCUCAGUAUGUGUUGUAAGGGUUGUGACACUCGAAGCCAAAGAGGGAAACUGGAUGUUCUAAAUGUAUGCCAGUUGGGAAAGCCUAAAGACCUCAAUGCAUAAUAAGAACCCUUGAGACUAAUGAAGGCGAGAGUUGGAAAGAUCUUUAUUUAUCUUGGCAACAUACUGAAUGAACGGUUGGAGGGGAGAUUUGGGAGAAGGCUUUGGGGAUAUUGUUACUACACUUCGUGCCAGGGUGCUUUCGGAUGAAUGCUGUCUCUGUCAGACACACUCUCAGCUAAUUCACAAGGACCGCAGUGGGGCAGAAGGGCGGUGGUUUUAAUUUGCUUUGGUUAAUUUUGUUUAAGCCAGAGAUGAAUUUUAUAUUAGAAGAAGAAAAUUGCAUUUGUUGUUCAUUAUUCACUGUUAUUGGUAAGUACCUUAUUCUUAAAAAAGUAAUGAAGACAUAUUUAUACUAUACUGUGACCUACCAAACAUAAAUGUAGUUUACAUAUUAUAAUCGAGUCUUGCUUUCCUGGAGGAGAUAGUUGGAUAAGUUAUAUUGUAAAAGGGUUUUUGUAUUAAUUUUAUUAAGACUAUUUUUGUAAAGCUCAACUGUAAAUAAAAUGUUUUAUAAAACUAGUUCACGUUGUCUAAUUAUAAACGUAGGUGACCUUUUGGA